GGGAUGAGACUAAAUCAAGAAACAGUAUUGGAAACAUCUCGACUAUUUAUGGUCCCAUAUCUCCGCAUCUAUGUUCCAAAGUAUCACAGUUGGAUGCAAGAUUCGUGGUUGAGAGCAAGUACAUCUUCGGAACAGCUUACACUGGACGAGGUACCGAAUUUGAAGCCCAAGAACAAUGGUGUCAUUUAGAUGAUCGAUUAACUUUUAUUUUACUUAGUAAACAAUUAUAUCAAGAUUAUUGGUUAUUGAAUAAUAAUAAUAAUAAUGAUAAAACGGAUACAAUUGAAUCACAAUUGAAUACUUAUGAAAAUGCAGAAAUCUUUUCUAUGAUUGGAGAUGUCAAUUUAUUCAUUACAUAUUCUCAUAUGGUUAAUGAUUUUGAAGGUGAAUUGUCUGUAAUGAUUGCUGAAUCAAAAUAUCGUGGUCAAGGUUUAGCAGCUGAAGCAUUAGCUGGUAUUCUUGAAUAUUCUGGUAGACAUUUACCAAUGAAAUUAAAUUCACUAGUAGCUAAAGUAUCAAUGACAAAUGAAUCAAGUAUACACUUUUUUCAAAAUCGUUUAAACUUUAUUGAAAGAUCAAGAAAUACUAUAUUCAAUGAGAUUGAAUUUGUACCGGAAAUACAACAAUUGUCAAGUGAAGAUCAAAAUCAAUCCAAAUUUAAAAAUCUUGCUUCAAAUACAUCUCAACUGAUUAUAGAUCGACUAUUGGCUAAUUCAUUAGGAUCUACAUCUUUUAAAUGGUACUACACAGAAAAGGAUUUGAAUUUAUGGCGUCAAACACCUAGGGAAUGACUUUUUUUUAUCUUUUUGUUUUGUAUAUAUGAAUAAAUGUGUUUUUCAA